CCGGACUCAGACUUGAGGGGGAAUUUUUCCAAUCAGAUAGGCCUACGGCUUGUCGUUUCUACUGCGCUCAGUGCACUAGUGUAGGCUAAACAUGUCUCACAAAGCUUGUUACACAAGCCCCGGAGCUGGGGGUAAGCGACCCCGUAACGACACAGGGAACAAGUUGACAGUUGUACUUGGUGCACAGUGGGGCGAUGAAGGGAAGGGAAAAGUGGUCGACUUGUUGGCGACAGAGUCGGACAUCAUUUGCAGAUGCCAGGGCGGUAACAAUGCAGGUCACACGGUGGUCGUGGAUGGGAAGGAAUAUGACUUCCACCUCCUCCCCAGCGGGAUCAUCAACUCCAAAGCUCUUUCUGUGAUCGGCAAUGGUGUGGUCAUUCAUCUGCCAGGCUUGUUUGAAGAAGCAGAAAAAAAUGAAAAGAAAGGCCUUAAAGACUGGGAGAAGAGACUGAUCAUAUCAGACAGGGCCCACAUUGUGUUUGACUUCCACCAGGCAGUUGACGGACUCCAGGAGGUACAGAGACAAGCACAGGAAGGGAAAAAUAUUGGAACCACAAAGAAAGGCAUCGGACCAACCUACUCAAGCAAAGCAUCACGUACGGGGCUGCGUAUCUGUGACCUUCUAGCUGAUUUCAAAGACUUUUCUAAGAGGUUCAAGAACCUUGCUCAGCAGUACCAGGCCAUGUUCCCCACAUUGGAGGUAGAUGUUGACGGUCAGCUGAAGAAAUUAAAGGAGUAUGCUGAGCGGAUAAGACCCAUGGUGCGAGACGGUAUCUAUUUCAUGUACGAUGCUAUUAAUGGACCCCCUAAGAAGAUUCUGGUGGAGGGAGCGAACGCUGCCUUGCUUGACAUUGACUUUGGAACAUACCCAUUUGUGACAUCAUCAAACUGCACCGUGGGUGGUGUGUGCACCGGACUGGGCAUCCCACCUCUGAACAUUGGUGAUGUGUAUGGGGUGGUGAAGGCCUACACCACUAGAGUGGGCAUCGGGGCAUUCCCCACAGAACAACUCAAUGAGGUUGGGGAGCUGCUGCAGACGCGGGGCUGUGAGGUGGGUGUGACCACAGGGAGGAAGAGACGCUGUGGAUGGCUGGAUCUGGUCAUCCUGCGUUACGCCAACAUGAUCAACGGGUUCACCGCGUUUGCAUUAACCAAACUUGAUAUCCUUGAUGUGAUGGAUGAAAUCAAAGUGGGAGUGUCUUAUAAGCUCAAUGGCAAAAAGAUUCCCUAUUUCCCAGCUAACAUGGACGUCCUGCAGAAAGUGGAGGUGGAGUACGAGAAACUGCCUGGCUGGAAGAGUGACACCUCAGCCUGUAGGAAGUGGGAAGAUCUGCCAGUCAAAGCCCAGAGCUACAUCCGCUUUGUGGAGAUCCACGUUGGCGUACCCAUCAAAUGGGUUGGAGUGGGCAAGGCCAGGGAGUCUAUGAUCCAGUUGUUCUAGAACACAAGACCUGCAUCAAUCCUUCCUCUCUCAAUGAAGGUGAUUGAGGUGCUAUGGCUUUAUCUGCCCUGGUCAGAUUUCCUCUGUUUUGAAAAUUGUUUUCCUACUUUACGGGGCUGCCGCAGCCACACAAAGUGAGCAAAUAUGUGACUUUGAGACUAGAUGAAUGUUCAGAAAAUACUUCUAUUGAUUGUGUCUCAGUGGCUCUUCUCUUUUGCAAUUUACAAACAAGUUCAAAUAGACUUGUUUAUGACCCAAUUCCUUUCUUUGCACUGAUACAGCAUUUGAGUAUACAUUACUGUCAUGUCAGGUAGCCUACGUUGUUUAGACUUGAAUGAACCUUGGCCAGUAUCUGAUGCCUAAUAUUUGCAUGCUGAUGUAGAACAAUAGCUGAUAUGUGAAACUAUUUUGAACACUGCAAUGGCCAGAAUUAUGUAGUUAUGAGUAUAACAUAAAAAAAUUUAUUCAACCUUUA